AUGCCUGUCUCUCGCAUCAUUUUGGAUCAAAUCAAGAGACUUAUACCACCGCUUGACGGUACACUUCACAAGGGCCAGUCAGGUCGCGUCGCCGUCCUCGGUGGAGCACUCGACUACACAGGUGCCCCCUUCUUCGCUGCGAUCUCCGCCCUGCGAUUUGGUGCGGACCUCUCCCAUGUCAUAUGCUCGCCCACGGCAGCAGGUGCAAUAAAAUCCUACUCCCCUGACCUUAUCGUACAUCCUAUCCUGGAUGAGCAUUCCUCUCCAAAGACAGUCAAACCGGCCCUUCAAUCCCUUCUUGACCGCCUGCACGUUCUCAUCGUGGGCCCGGGAUUAGGCCGUGAAGCCUACAUGCAAGAUUACGCCAAAUUGGCAGUAUCCCUCGCCAGAGAGAAGGGCAUGUUCAUCGUUCUCGAUGCCGACGCUCUCUACAUGAUCGGAAAAGAUAUUUCCAUCAUCAAAGGCUACAGGCGUGCCGUUGUCACGCCAAAUAUCGUCGAGUUCAAGCGCUUGAAAGAACAGGUGGGCGCGGACCCGAAUACCCCAGCCGAUCAGCUCGCAGGUUUAGUCUCUCGACUACUAGGCGGGGUGACAGUAUUGGAGAAGGGAGCUAAGGACAUCAUCUCGAUUGACACAACGGGAAGCGAGGCUGACUUGGAGGCAAGUCAGCUGGCAAAGGAAACAAUCGAAGUGGAUACCCCAGGUGGUCUCAAGAGGUGCGGUGGGCAGGGAGAUAUCUUAAGUGGGUGUGUGGGGACGUUUAUGGCUUGGGGGAAAUGUUAUGAAGACGGUGCCUUUGGUGAUGGUGAAAUUGCGGCAUCUCGUGUCCCUCUUCUCGCAGCGGUAGGCGGAAGUAUGGUGACACGCACCGCCAGUCGGCGCGCGUUUUUCAAAGAGGGCAGGGGAGUUGUCACUCAAGAUUUGAUUCCUGAAAUCGGGAGGUCGUUCGUGGAAGUAUUCGGUGCCUCCGCCGUGGACGGUUCACAACCUGCUCGCGAUCUCAAGCUCUAACUCGUGUUCUAUCAUUGACGUUGACACGCUUGGACGCACAGGGGGGCCGCGGGUAGCGAGCGCUGUUUGUGACUGUUAUAAUUACAUAGGUGCCCGCAGCUUUACAUCUCUAAUCCUCGCGUUUUAUAGGUGUCAUAGAUUCUACGCCUAGUAUUCAAUUCUAUCAUAACUCAACAAAGAUAUUUGGCGCGAAAUAUCGUCACGAAACG